AUGGAAGAUCGGAAGAGACUUGGCGUUCAGCCGAGACCAUGCGAACUCUACAUGGAAAUCGAACAGGAUCUGCUCGGACUUGUUUUAGGACGAUACACUCCGGAAAAGAUGCAGAUAGCUGCGUUAGGCUGUGACACCCGCAACCGAUUAAGUCAAACAGACAAGUCUGGUACCAAUCUGUCGACGUCAGACGAAUUAAAGGCUUGGUUGGUACCUCUUGCUGCGGGGACAUUGAAGACAUUGCCAUUGCCAUUGCCGGACAUCGCCGCGCUUCUCUCUGAUUUGAACGAUUUUAAUCAGUCAUGUGAGAUCAAGCUGGUCGGAGAAACGUACGAAUACUAUGGAACGAAGGUACGCGGCGUUCACCGCAUCGAAAUGCCCACAUCUUUCCACAGGCCUCUCUUCUCGAGAACACUUUCGGAAAACGGGUUUUCGGCGACUGCAGUUGUACACUCUGGGAUGGGAGAUAACGACAUAAACGAGGAUCUUGACGGGAAAGAGCGCCCUUUCUAUGUUUUGGCGCUCAUUUCAAUCCUAAAGGUCAUUUUUUUAAUCUACGAUGUGAUCGUAUUCGUUCCGUUCAAGAUUUUCGCUGACCCGUCAGAGAAACUAACUAUGUCACAGCGCCUAAAGGCUAGGCCGAUAGGAAACGAUGAUCCAAGGUCUGCAUGGAGGCAUGUUAGUACGAUAAAUGGGGAAUUGGCAAUCAGUACUUUUGAUUGUUGCCGAACUAUUGCAGAUCAGUGGAAUGAGGCAGUUAGGAAGUUUCAAAGAAGUGAUUGUUUUGGAACUCGCGAAGUCUUGUCUAUUAGCAAAGAAAAGAAGACGAGCGGCAAGAUUUUUGAAAAGUGGGAAAUGGGCGAAUAUCACUGGAAAUCCUUCGAAGAAGUUGACAAGAGAACAAAUCUCGUCGCAUCUGGACUCUCUUCGCUUGGCCUUGAUAAGAACGAUAAGGUCGUUUUAUUUGCCGAAACAAGGGAGGAGUGGAUGACAACUGCAAUAGGAUGCUUCAAAAGUUGCUUUCCAGUCGUAACAGUCUACGCAACGCUCGGAGAGGAGGCUGUAGAAUUCGCUGUUAAAGAGGUCUCGGCAAAAGUAGUAAUUACUUCUGAGAAUCUGCUUCCAAAGGUGGAAGAAGCGAUAAAACAUGGACUGGAUAUCUACACAGUUAUUUACUUUGAAAGUCCUGAUCCAAAUAGUGCUGUAUACUAUACAAGUGAAGAGGCACAUGUUCUAUCCUUCUCUCAGCUUCUCAAUAUGGGCAAGCCUUCACACGGUCUAACCAGCGAAUCUUUGGCCUCCCGCGCGGCCUCACUCCUGAAACGUCGAGCUUCAGAACGGUUUUGGCAACAGAAUCUUCCUCCCGCCGCAAGACGUGACCAAACCAUCUCAGUCGCGCCUCCUUCAUCUUCUCAGUUAUCGGGACGACACCGAAGAUAG